AUGAGAAAAAAGUAACUUGAAAGAGAUGAUGAGGGAAAUUUAAUCAUGAAUGAAUAAAAUAUAAUUGAUAUUUGUGAAAAAGAAGGUUUAUAUGAGUAUCCAGAACUUAAUACAAAAUUAUACUUACAUUUUAAAGGUAAUUUGAUAUUUUGAAAUUUAAAAGCUUUUAGAAAAAUUGGAGGAUUAGACAAUUUCUUAAAUGUUAAGACUCUUUGGUUAGAAAAUAACUUCAUUACAAAAAUAGAAGGAUUAGAUAAUCUUUAGUAAUUAACACAUCUAUUUCUAUAAAAUAAUCUUAUUACUAAGAUUGAAGGUUUGAGAGAAAAUGUAGAAUUACUUACAUUAAAUCUAUCUCAUAACUGUAUUAAAGUAGUUGAAAACUUAUAAAAACUCUAAAAACUUUCUAGUUUGGAUUUAUCAACUAAUAAAUUUAAAUCAGUUUCUGAUAUUUGGGAAUUAGAAUUAAAUUCUUAAAUAUCUAAUUUAGAUUUAUCAAAUAAUAUGCUUGAAUUUGAAGGUGAACAUGAUGAUGAUCCAUUAUUAUUAGUUUUUAAAAAAAUGAAAAAAUUAAAAUGUCUUUACUUAUAACAAAAUAAUUAUAUAAGACAUAUUUAAAAUUAUAGAAAAGUAAUAAAAUCUAAUUAAUUUUAGUAUUAUCUAGCAAAUUUACCAGAAUUAACUUAUUUAGAUACAUAACCAGUAUUUCCUUAAGAAAGAAGAAUAGUAGAUGCAUGGGGUAAAUUUGGAAAAGAAGGAGAAUUAAAUGAAAGAUAAAGUAUUUAAAUAAUUUAUUUAUUAGAAAUAAAAGAAGAAGAAGAUGCAAAGAAAAAAGAAUAUAGAGAAGAAAUAAGAAAAUAAUUGCCUAUUCAUUUGUAAAGCAAAAUUAAUUUCUUUUAAAAAAAUAUAAUCACUAUUGAAAAUGAGAUUUAAGAAAUGGAACUUAGAAAAUAAAAUCAUUUAGUUUAAAAUAGCUAAGAAAUUGAAAUUACAUUUUUAGAAGCUUCUAUAAAUUAAAAAUAAUCUUAACUUAAUGAAAUGAAUGAAUUAUUAAAUAAUAUGAGAGUAAGACAAAUAAGAUAAAAUUCACUCACUGAAUCUCAAUUAAUUGGAUAGUAAAUAGAUCAAUAAGAGAAAAUACAAAUUUAACUUGAUGAAUUAGAUUGA